AUGGGACAGUGUGUCACCUGCCAACUGUGUGGACCUGGACAAGAACUCUCCAAAGAUUGUGGUUAUGGAGAAGGUGGAGAUGCAUACUGCACAGCCUGCCCUCCCUGCAGAUACAAAAGCAGCUGGGGCCACCAUAGAUGUCAGACUUGCAUCACCUGUGCUGUCAUCAAUUGUAUCCAAAAAGCCAACUGCACAGCUACCUUUAAUGCCGUCUGUGGGGACUGUCUGCCUAGAUUUCUACCAAAAAGACGCAUUGGAGGACUGCAAGACCAAGAGUGUAUCCCAUGCACAAAACAGACACCCACCUAUGAGGUUCAGUGUGCCUUCCAGUUGAGCUUAAUGAAGGCAAAUGUACACACAGUGCCCCCUCAGGAGGCCACACUUGUUGCAAUGAUGAGCAGUCUUCUCAUGGUGUUUACCCUGGUCUUCCUGGGGCUCUUCUUCCUCUACUGCAAGCAGUUCUUCAACAGACAUUGCCAGCGUGAGAAAUUGACUGUUUUCCCUGAUCCACCACUAGAUAGCCUCAAUUUGAUACCUCAGUUUGCAGGAGGUUCACUGCAGUUUGAGGCUGACAAGGCAUCAGAGGAAGAAUCUCUCUUCACCAUGCCACUUGGCCAGGAGACUAGUCCUAAGUCCCCACUAGGUGAAAGCAUCUUUGAGAGCCAGCCACUUAACCCCAUCCUGGAUGACGACUGCACUUCAACUUGUGGCUUCCCCACACAGGAGUCUUUUACCAUGGCUUCCUGUGCCUCAGAAAGCCACUCCCAUUGGCUCCACAUCCCCAUUGAAUGCACAGAACUAGACCUGCAAAUGUUUUCCAGCUCACCCUCCUGCACUGGAUCUGAGACAUUGGGGGGAGGGGGGGAACACAGCUGA